AUGCGCUUCGAAUUACCGAAGCUAUUCACUGCGAACGAUGCAGUACCACCGCCGAACCAAAACCGACCACCGUCACUACCGGGAGAGCUCCGCGACAUGACCUACAAAUACACGCUCACCGAAGAUCAAGCUCUCCUACUGGUCGAACACGGCGAACCUGGCGACAACUUGAGAAGCUUCAAGGGAUACCGUCCCACCGAUCCCAGUGUCGAAUCGAAUCGACUUAAAUAG